GCGUAAACCGUAUCCCUUCAUUCAUUGUCCGCUUCCUGGAGCCAUUUUUUAAGCGGAUAGGAGCGAAUUCGCUUCUUAUUUUAAUCGUUUCCAUCAGCUGUUUUUACUCAUCGAUAUUUUACCUUUUCGAAUCAGUCCGAUUAAUAAGAGUUUCCUUUAUCAGUCCUGGUGAUUAUUUUAGGUCUUCGUUUGAGUAAUUUGCAGAAUAAGACCCUCAAAGAACCAAAGACACAAAGGGAUCCCGAAUCUCUGAAGAUGAGAAAAGGGGUUUCCUCGGUUAAAGAUAGAUUGAUAAUAUCGGGGGUUGGUGGCACUACCCUUGAACAAAAUACAGGUUUGAGUACACUGGCUGAUCGGCGUUCUUCGUCGCAUUCUACUGCGACCUACAUGCAACUUAAAACACCACCGUCUUGUGCUUCCCAGCCUACGAAUGUCCGUGUGGCUGAUCAUUCAGUUGGCAGCUUAUACACAACUCCUUUCCAAGGACCUAACCUUACAAACGGCACGAGGUUGCGACCAGCUUCAGGACGUCCCCCGGUAAUAAAUGCUAAACGCCGUUUGGAUUUGGACAUCACGGACCACCAAUACAGUGAACCAGCUCAGACAUCCAGGGGUCGCAGGACAGCUCUUGGGGUGAAGAGCCCCAAAGGUACUAAAACUCCACCCGAGAGGUCACGCUACGACACAUCCCUGGGCCUCCUGACCAAAAAGUUCUGUCAGCUACUGGCGCAGUCCGCUGACGGCGUGCUGGACCUGAACCAGGCUGCCGACACUCUCAACGUUCAGAAGAGGCGUCUUUAUGACAUCACCAACGUGCUGGAGGGCGUACGCCUCAUCAAGAAGAAGUCCAAGAACAACAUCCAGUGGCUGGGCUCCAGCCUGCCUUCAGAGGUAGGGCCACUGUCUGUGCAGGUGGCAGGGCAGAGCCUGGGCAGAGAGAUGCUGGCCCUCCGAGAGGAGGAGACGCAUCUGGAUGAGCUCAUUCAGACGUGCACUACCCACGUCCAGCAGAUGACUGAAGAGAUGCAUAGUCAGAAAUUUGCCUACAUCACAUACCAGGACAUCCGAAGAAUCCAAAGUUUGCAGGACCAAACUGUAAUUGCUGUCAAAGCACCAUUGGAAACCAAGCUGGAGGUGCCCGAUCCAAAAGAGAGUUUACAGGUCCACUUGAGUAGCUCAAAAGGCCCCAUAGAUGUGUUCCUCUGUGCUGACCGCAGUGGACCUUUGAAUAACAGUGUGGAUUUGAAUGGAAAUGACACUACCUUCCACAGAGUGUCCAAAGAAGGCAGCAAAGCCAAAGCAACCGAUGCCAGCCAGUUGAGCAGUGUCAACGGCAACGCUGUUGUCUGCGGCAUGCAGACAGGCAGCCCCUGCUUGACGGCCCUCACCUCCUCGCUGACCUGUGUGCGCCAGCCGCCACCAGAGCCGGCCCUGUUCGCCACCCUGUCUCCCGCACUCCUCGGGGAGGACUACGUGCUGGCUCUGGAUGAUGAGCAGGGUAUCAGUGAUCUGUUUGACUCCUGCGAUCUUGAUGCACUGCCCCUGGACGACCUGCUCAUCAUGUGAGCCCUGCUGGGACCCUAGGAGGGCAAGAAAGAUAGUCGUGUGUGAAAUGAAGUUGCGUUUCAUAGGGAGAAGCACUGCACCAAGACAGGAUCAGUUGGGGUUUUUGAAGAGCAUAUGAGCAUAUAUCAUUAUACCCGGCAAACAUGGGUUUCUGGAAGUCUGUUUCAGCCAUGUGCCCUCUGUGUUAGCUGGUCCAUGGACAUGGUGUCUCUGAAUGACCUACAAAGCUGAAGCUGUUCUUCCUAGUCCUUCUGAAGUUUCUGCUCUGCUGUGUUUGGGUCAGCAGUGUGUCCAGCAUGGCAAGCAGAGCGAUACCACUCUGCAACUGACCAGUGGGACACAAGGGUAGCUUGUAGUGUCUGAUGAAUAAAAAUCCCAAAAGUAGUACAUAUAUUUUGAUGGGAGUUUCCAGAUCUUGGUCCUCAAGAAGUGUGUUGAGGAUGUUUGUCUUUUUUUUUUUUUUUUUUUUUUUUUUUUUGGAAAGGGGGGGGGGAGUUAAGUCAGUGGUAAAUUAGUUUGCCAUGAAAAUGUACGUGUGCUUAGAGUAGUUUAUUACUUUGCUAGCUGGCCAAACCUUACAUAGAUUUGUAACAAUUAUUCAUUGGCUACUCUAGCUAGCAUUUCUUCUUUGAAAGAGGCUUGUACAAUUUUAAUAUGGAGCAUAUACUAACAUUAGUAUAUUUGGUCAUUCAUUUCCUACCCGUUUCGUGGUUCUUGUUCAGUACUGUAGAGACUGUACUGUACAGAUUUUCUCUGAUGGUUGCCAGUAUGUGGUCUCACUGGAAAGGUUUGUUUAAUACUCAGUCUGAUUGAUUGAUAGAAUAUGGCAAAUAAAUAGGUAAAUUCUUA